AUCGGCCAGCGGGCUUCCCUCUAAGCGCGGGAAAAUCAGAUUUGAUUCAGGCAAAUCAACAAAGAAAAUAUUUUAUUUUCUUAACCCUAAACUCCGUGAAAAGUUCAUAUUUAUACUGAAAUGGAAGGCGAGGACGAUCUUGAUAUCUUAGCUGCUCUGCUAGACAAUGACGAUGAUGAUGAGGGGAUGCUAGAUGCUUCGAGUAGUAGCGAUCCUGCUGUAAACGAACCUCAAAUCAGUACAAAUAACACGGGGCGAGAUUCAAACUGCUCUGAUUCUAGUACUAGUCCGAAAGACAGUAAUGUAGAUAUGACAGAGCAAAUGCAGCUGAUGGCAGAAAAAAUCAAGCAGCUGGAGGAAGCCUUGAAAGAAAAAACACAUAAUGAAACACAGAAAUUAGAUCAACCUGCCAUCAGGAAACAAAAUGAAGUUAUCAACUCGAAAAGCAUCAGCCAUGAGUCAAAAAAUACACAGAAGAGAAGUCCUACAUUAACAAUGACAGAGCAUUGUAAACAGAAAACAUCAGAACCUAUGGAAGCAUUAGCAUUUUUUGGUGAAAAGACAAGAGUCGCCCGUUCCAGCACUCCAUUACAGCAGAGCGGAACAAAGGCAUCUGCCAAAAGUAAAGCAGAACCAAAGAAAGCUAAAUUGAUACAGCCAAAGGCACAAAAUUACCUACCAAAGCAGCAGAGACAGCUUCCUGAACAUGAUGAUAAAGAUGUCACUAAAGAACGAUUUUCUGGGUUGAGGAUAAUAAACCCUCUGAUCUCCUCUACUGUGAUGGCUCAGAGAAUGGAAGGUCGGAAAAUUGUCCCCAUAUCCCAAAUAGAGAGCAAACUUUCAAAAGGAAAAGAGAAGGACAUUGACUGGGUGACUAUCGGUGCUCUGGCAUCAAAACUCCCCCCAAGGACUAGCAGUAAUGGCAAUACUUAUGGUAUUUGGAAGCUGUCCGAUCUUGGCCUGACCACUGCUAAUAACACUGUUGCACUUUUCCUAUUUGGCGAAGUUUACAAGCAACACUGGAAGACGAUAGAGGGGAGUGUUAUUGCUUUGUUGAAUGCUAACAUCAUGCCAGCUAAAGAGAAAAAUUCUCAAGAUGUUGCUCUGAGUCUGGACAAUCCCAAGAAGCUGAUGUUAAUGGGCAUUUCGAAGGAUUUAGGUCACUGUAAGGGAAUAACGCGUAAAGAGAAACCCUGUACAAGUAUUGUGAAUAGAGAAUAUGGAGACUUCUGUGAAUACCAUGUUAACGCUGCCUACAAGAAGAUUAAGUCCAACAGAAUGGAGUUCCAGUCAGGCUAUGGCGCUCCCAACAAAGGUGCCCUAAUGAACAAGCUUCAGAAGAACAUGUCCUCCUCAUCAUUCAUGUAUCAGGGAAAAACGUUAACACUAGGAGCACCUGCGCCACAGAAAAGCAAAAACGUGUCUCUGAAAAGUCUAGGUAUUGCUGGAGAUUCUGAACAAGAUACCUCCAUCAAGAAGACGAAGACAGCGAAGCCCAAGCAAAGUGAAGCUGCUUCUGAUUUCUUGCGUGAUCUUUUAGCACUACCAACUCCAGGAACUCGAAACCUGAUCAAGCAUUUGCACAAGGACGAGGAAGAAAGAAAGCCCAAAGAGGAGAAGACCCCUGCAGCGUCUGCAUCCCAGCUGCUACGAAACCAUCACAAGGAAGUGAAUAACUCAAAAAGGCCAGCGACAACAAGCAGUGAACCAAAGCUGGGGCGAGGCAUUUACCCAGGGCUAGACAUCGUGUUUGAUGCACCAACUCCACCACCGAAAACGACUUCGUCUGCCAAGCUCCGUGCCCUGUCGGUUGUAAAACAGAAAGGACCGAUUGAAAAAGAGGAUCCCAAUGCUGUAAGGAAAAAACGUUCACCAUCAGCAAUCCAAACAGUAGGAAAGCGAGUUGACAAGGACCAAUCAGAUGGUGAAUCCGACAUCGGUGAAAACACCCCUAAAAGACGGCGACUUCUUGGACCUGAGUUUAGCGGGAUUGACUUGAAUUCAGCUGAGGGCAAGAGGUUGUUGUGCGCAAGAUCACUUCAUGUGGGACAAGUGGAAGAGGCACAAGCAGAGAGGCAGGAACAGUACUUCAGCUCACUGGAGAAGAAAGAACAGUUGGAAGACAAGCUCAAGUCUAUCAAAGAGAUUAUUGUCAAAGUCUACUGUUGCAAGAAGUGUGAUUACGUAGCUGAAAGUGCUUCUGACAUCUGCUUCAAAGAGAACCAUCCUCUGAAGCAGACCAAAGCUCCAAAACGUUUCUUCUCCUGCAAGAACUGCAAGCAGAGAACCAUCAGUUAUGGGGCUCGGAUGCCAAAGCUAACUUGCAAGAACUGCGGUGAAAUGAACUACGAGCGAACAUCCAUGUUUAUGGAGAAGCAAGGACCGAAGAUCGCAGGGGAAACCUUGUUGGUGAGAGGGGAAGAACAUAGCAAAUUCAUGAAUUCCUUGAGAUAGAACUUUGACUUUAAAACAAAGUAAUAGUAUAAGCCCUCGGUUUUAUAUUUUCUCUAUGUAGAAUAUAUAAAAUGUAGAAUUUUAAGAAUGUAACAUUGAUUGAAUUUUUAGAUUUUAUUAAAUAAAAAGCACAUUUCACAUACA